AUGUCCAAGCCCUCGCCCCACACCCCAGAUGUGACAGUAUUUACGGAUUCUGCUAUCAAGCAUGUGAAGGACAAACACACCCACAAAGCGUCACGAAAAUCAUUUAUGUCAUCUAAGGUUGUUGAUAUGAAGCGAGAUGUCUCACCCCCAGAAGAGGCGUCUGGAGAGCACUCAGAGGAUGAACGGACAAAUGCACAAAACGACGCCCUACUAUACCGUCUACUACACACAAAGUUAUUGUCUGGGUCGCUCAGGGACGAAUUGGGCCUUUCUCAUGCGCAGAAGGAGAAGGCAUUAUCAGGGAGGGUUUUGGAGCUCUCAGGCCAAUGUAAACUGGGGAACGGAGAAAGUUUGGUUCGUGGGGAGGAACACAAUAAGGCAUCGAAACGCGUGCGAGAUGGACUUCUGCGAAAAAGAGAGGACCGUUCGCGGAAGCAGUUGGAGGAGGCUAAAAAUCUGGGGAAUUAUCACCCUAUCCUAAAGAAAACGUAUGGACCGCACUCAGUCAAGUCCUCAAAGCGGAAACACGAAAGGGGUCUACGGAUGGGUGUUGGACGGUUCAAGGACGGAGUAUUGAAGCUCAGCAGAGAGGAAAUCAGCACUGUAACUGGACCGGAUAAAAAGCGGAAACGUGGUUGA